UAUUUUUAUUGUAGGGUUAUGUCGUGAAAACUAGUGACAAUAAUACAAUAAAGAUGAGUAAUCAGUUAUUUGCUGUUCACUAAUACUUCUAUUUUUCCCAAGUGUUUAGUGAGUACAUAUUCUUGAGCUUACGAGGAUUCAAUCCUAGUUACCAAACAAAUUAAUUCAAACAAUUUUGAUGAUUGGUGCUCUGCGACUGGCCUAAAAACCACUCUGAUAUUUGAUCAAUAAAUACAUUUUUUGACAAUGUCACUAGUUUUUAAUGGUUGCUACUAAUUGCUGCUUAUUUAAGGCUUAAAUAUUUUUAUAGAAUAUGAAGCCAAAACGGCCUGUAAGCGUAUUUCGUUAUUUAAAUGACCAGCCUUAUUUGGGUGCCAACCGUGUAACUCUCUACAACAGUGUUAAAGGUAGCCUGGGUUUUGUGCAGCGACUAGGCCUGCUGAAGGAGUUGCCCGUACAUCAUGGCUGUGUGAACUGUAUCUGCUGGAGUGAUAGUGGUGAUCUGCUGCUUUCGGGCUCAGACGAUCAGAGGCUCGUUAUUACCAAUGCUCACUCUUUAAAGGAAGUAACAGAUUACAAGACUAGUCAUCGUGCUAAUAUAUUCAGCGCGAAAUUCCUACCAAACAGUGGAGACCACAACAUUGUCUCUUGCUCUGGAGAUGGCAUCAUUUUAUUCACAG